CUAAAAUUAUUCAAGAAGAAAAAGAAGAAAGACAAAAAAAAUCUUUAGGCAAAUAUAUUAUAAAUCUUGAUGAUGAGAUGUCAAUUUAUAUUACAAAAUCAAAUAAAUCAUAUGGAAGUUCUAGAACAGGAUCUUAUUCAACUUUUGCUAUUUCUGAACCUUUACAGAGUUCAAUAGAAUAUUACAUUCAAUGUUGUUUAUCUGAAGAAAGUGCAGAAUACUGGAAAGAUUA